AUGCGAGCUCCCGUAGCGACCCUCCCCCUCGUGGUCGAGGCCAAGGAGAGCGUAAUUGGAACACGUGGCGCCGUGACGGUGACGGGCAUUGUUUCUACUGUCGCGAACCCGGACAUGGGAUCGCGGAUUGCCCCCAGCGUGGCCACGGCGCCAAUAGGCCCACUAAGAUUGUGUAAAGAUCUAU